AGAGCAACCAGCUACAGUUCCCACUGAAGUCACUUCCUCCACUACAUAAACAUUAAAAACACACUCUAGUUUAUUCCAACUGACUCUACACACUACAGUUCCUCUUUCAGCGAGUAUAUAUAACGUCUGUCAGGCCAUUUGUGGACGAAGGUUUGUGUGUACGGGGAAAUCAUGGCUUGGAAAGACUAGCUGUGCUGGAUUUAGUGAUGUUGAUGAAAGCGAAGCUGAUUUCUUCUAUCGUUUUAGAGUGGAAAAAGGAUUGAAUAAACCGCUCGAGAUUAUUAUUUAUGAUUUUGACUGUAUCUGCAGUGUAAAGUGUAUUGUGAAAAGCUGCAUCAGGAGUAUCUGUUAUUGGGAGCUUUUGUUGUUAUUGGAUAUAAUGUGGAUUGCUAACUGAAUCAUUAGCCACCCAGUUACAGGAUUCUUCUGUUAGUAAAGUUACUCUGAAUUCUCUAAAACCAGGACACCAGAUACACCAAGAGCACAGACACCCAUAUAAUCAUGACUGCUAUGCGAGUUGAUGCUAAAGUGGUCAUGCUUGGCAAGGAAAGCGUUGGUAAGACCAGUCUUGUGGAGAGAUAUGUACACCACCGCUUUCUUGUGGGCCCAUAUCAAAAUACUAUAGGGGCUGCGUUUGUUGCAAAAGCCCUCAAUGUUGGUGAUAAGGUGGUUACGCUGGGAAUAUGGGACACUGCUGGUUCUGAACGUUACGAGGCGAUGAGCAGAAUGUAUUACAGAGGAGCCCGUGCCGCCGUGGUGUGCUAUGACUUGACUGACAGCAGCAGUUUCGGAAGAGCCAAGUUCUGGGUGAAGGAGUUACAGAACUGUGAAGUGCACUGCAAGAUUUAUUUGUGUGGUACCAAGAGUGACCUUAUUGAAGCAGACAGAAGUAUGCGGCAAGUAGACUACCAUGAUGUACAAGACUUUGCAGAUGAAAUAGGUGCACAACAUUUUGAGACCUCAAGCAAAUCAGGAAAAAAUGUUGAUGAGGUAUUUCAGAAGGUUGCAGAGGACUACGGUAACUGUGCUCUGGAAUUCAUGCAAGGGGAGAAGGGAGUGGACCUGGGGCAAAAGAAGGACUCUUAUUUUGACAACUGCUGCCAUAACUGACCUAUCGCUGCAAAAAAACUGCUGCAUCGUAUUGUCUUUUUUUGGAAUGACUGGAGGCUUGCUGUCUUUUACACUCCUUAAGGCAUCAACUAGAGUGUCAUGAUCAUGUUUGCUCAUAUCUCUCUCUUUUUUUUUUUCUUUUUUUGUUGUUGCUGUGCAGUAUGUUGAGAUCAAGCUGUAUGAAGAAGAUAAAAGGAUUGUACUUUUCUUGUUCUGAACACUUUUUCAUUUAAGAACACUUUCUGAACCUGAGAAUGUUGACUCAAGCAAAUAUCAACAAUGCAUGGCAAUCCAUUUGACCAAAAAGAGGAGACCGCACAAAGAAGCGUGCCCUAGGAAAAGAUGCCAUUGCAUGGUGAUGAUUGUUGCCAAUGUUCCCGAAGGCCUCUGCUUCACCCAAACAAUGCCUUGAGCGAUUUGAAUCAUCUUUUAUUUUUAAUAAUUUAAAGUGUUUCUAUUUUAGCGGUCUUUGAAUUUUGAGCACCAUAAUGUUUACACCUUAGACGAAAGGUUCAUUUGUCUUUUAUUUUGAUGUAUGAACAGCUUUGUUUCAUAUAAAUAUAAGCCCAUCAUUUGCCAAACUAAGCUGGAGCGGUUUAAGGUGCAGUUUUCAUAAACCUGAGAACAGUUGAACUAUUUUUUUCAUAAUGGUAAAGGUUUGGAUAUUGAAUGGGGUGGAUAAUUACUAAUAUAAUUUCCUCCCAUUUUCCAUUAGAAUAUUAAUAAAGCUUGUACAACCAGAAGAAAAGCUGUUUUAAGCUCGUAAGGUAACACUUUACAAUAAGGUUUGUUUAGUUAACAUUAGUAAAUGAAUUAAGUAUCAUGAAAUGACAAAGAACAAUAUUUUGUACAGCAUUUAUUAAUCUUGUUAAUGUUAAUUUAUAAAGAUACAGUUUAUUGUUUGUUAAUGUUCAUAAUGCAAUAACCUGUGUUAACAUAUACACCUUUUAAUGUUAAAAAUGUAUUAAUAGAUGUUAUGAGUGUUGUUUAUUCAUGUAAACUAAUGCAGUUAACUAAUAUGAACAAAAACAACCGUAUUGUAAAGUGAUACCACUCAUAAUUAUACAACCUAAGAAAAAUAAUACCAUUGAAGAUACUGCAAAGACCCCCUGCCCUGACACGUGUAAUGUGUCAUUUUGAACCAUUCAAACAUCAUGAUUUUCAUGAAUCUUUGAAAGCAUGUGCAUAAAUCCUGCCUGUCUGAUGCACCUUUAAAUUUGAGCAUAUUUGCAGUGUUGGAUAAUCAAGCCAAAAGUUUAAUGUGUAGUGUUGUCCAUUAUUUGUACUUGACUGUGUCGAGUUCCACAAAAAACAAAUGGAUUGUCAUUAUAAUGAAUGUGAUCUUAAUGUUUACAUUGUAUUUUUAAAUUUAAUUUGAUUUUACUGCUGUUUUGAUAAAAUGUUGUAAACUGGGACACUAACUGUCAGUUAUAAACAUUUGUGUGCUUGUGAGAUCUUUGUACAUACAGCCUUAGUUUGCUUAGUUUAUACUGUGCCUGUAUUAAAUAGUACUCAAAGAGUCCUGUAGCUAAAUAUAUUGUUCUCUUUGUGAAAAAUUGCAUACUUGUGAGAGAUUUUGAAAUUGUGCCAUUUUAGCAGGGCCCUAUUUUGAGUUCAUUUGUUACAUCUCAAUGUAAAUUCCAUGAAAACUACAGUCAUCGCAAUGCAGUUCACAAUAUAUUCCAAGUUUACACAGCUAAUAUUGUAACUUUUUGAAACACCCAAAACAUC